AUGUUGAAAAAUCCUCAAUCACGUUGGUUUGAUCGAUCGAAUAUUUAUAUUGUCACACGAAAUGGUUUUGUUGUAGCAAAUGAUGAACACUCAGCUUAUGAAGGUAUUAUUCCAACACAAAUCGGUGAUCAUAUACAACAUCAUAUUGAUUCUCUUGAAAAGAUAAAUUCCUGGCCAAUACUAUCUGAUCCUUAUAAUAAAAUAAUUGUUCGAGAACUUCUAUUUAUUUAUGACUCACGUGUAUUAAAUACGAUCAAACAUGCAAUUACUUUAUUUCAUCAAUCAGCAGAUAAUAUUGAAAUAAUAGUCAUUAAUGUAAAUCAAUGUACAAAAGAAGAUAUUAAGCAAUAUAUUCGUAUUCAUCCAGAUACUUUUUUUCAAUUAUGUCUUCAACUAGCUUAUUUUAAAUUACAUGGACAUAAACCUGCAUCAACUUAUGAAACAGCAUCAACACGACGUUUUUAUCGUGGAAGAACUGAAACAUUACGAAGUUGUACACCAGAAGUGGUUGCAUGGUGUCGUGCAAUGACAAAUUCAAAUAAUCAAUUAACAGAAAUUGAAAAAAGAAAAUUAUUUCUUAUUGCUGCUAAUCGUCAUCAACAAUUAAUGGCUGAAGCAUCAGAAAAUCAAGGUUGUGAUCGACAUUUAUUUGGAUUGAGUAUGAUAGCAUAUAUAACAGGAAAACCAUUCGAACUUAUAAAUGAUCCAUCAUGGAUAAAAAGUGGUGGUGGUGGUAAUUUUAUUUUAUCUACAAGUUGUAUUGGUUUCACUAUAACAGUAGGUGGAACAUCACCAAUGUGUUUAAAUGGUUAUGGAGUUUUUUAUCGAUUUGGUAGUGAUGCAAUAACAUUUGUUGUCACGGCUUAUCGAAAUUGUUUGGAUACGAAUGUACAAGCAAUGGCAGAUUCGAUUGAACGUACUUUAAUUGAAAUUAAAACAUCAUUUAUGAAAUCAAAUUUGUAA